AUGGCCAGCUGGAAGCCGACCCACGGAGACCGCAAGCCAGGUGGCGGCGGUGUGUUUCACACCUCAUGCAUGGAAACUUGGGAACUGACUGUGCGGGUGAAGAUCUCCAGUAACUUUACUAGAACUUUGAUGGGGCCUUCGAAAAACCCGGGCACUGAGCAGCCCACGAAGUAUGAAGUCGACAAGAGAUUGAAGGAGAGGGUGUGA